UCUUGCGGAACCAGGGCUCCUGGAAAGCUGAGGAGAGGCACUUCCAAGGAUGGCCUGGGAGGGGUCGAUGCCAAGCCCUCCUGCGCUGGGGCUCCUGCCCAGCCCAGGCCCUUUCUGCUCCGGAGAGGCAGGGGUAGGGAAACUAACCAGAAAGGUUAGUGCUUCUUCCCGUCCCCCGGAAAGGCAGAAUUGGGAAGUCUGAGCCUGCACGGAGACCAGAACUCACCUCUUUGAGCUUCCCAGAGAGAGCUGACCGUGAGGAUCCCUCUCAGAGAUUAGUCUCCACUCGGAGACAGCGCUCCGGCAGCGCCAGGGCGGAGCUGACUGAGCUCCAGAUGUCCGGGCGCACACAGCUGUAGGGUCACGUGGCAGCGGCCCCGGCCCCCCUUCCUGCCAACGUUGCAUUUGGCCCAGGCCCCGUCCAUGGCCGCCCUUGGGACCCCGCGCUGAGCCCCGGAGGCCCCGGCAUCCGGGGCCACGCCGCUCCCAAGGGCCGAACGUGUAUCAGGAUCCCAAGGACCUCCGUGGGGCCGCGGGCGCCUGCCAGGCGGACAUGAGGCGGAGGCUGCGCCUACGCGGAGAAGCGUCGCUCACGCUGCUCCUCGGCGCCGCCCUCGGCCUCCUGCUCUAUGCGCAGCGCGAUGGCGCGGCCCCGACGACGAACGCGCCGCGAGCUCAAGGGAGGGCGGCGCCGGGGCCCACCCCGGGGCUCCGUGUAUUUCAGGCGCCGGACGCGGGCGCAGCCCCGCCGGCCUACGAAGAGGAUACGCCGGAGCCGCCCACGCCCACGGGACCUUUUGACUUUGGCCGCUAUCUUCGAGCCAAGGACCAGCGGCGCUUCCCUCUCCUCAUUAACCAGCCGCACAAGUGCCGAGGAAAUGGCGCACCCCCCGGCGGACCCGACCUGCUCAUCGCCGUCAAGUCGGUGGCUGCGGACUUCGAGCGGCGCCAAGCAGUGCGCCAGACGUGGGGGGCUGAGGGUCGCGUGCAGGGGGCGCUAGUGCGCCGGGUGUUUUUGCUGGGCGUGCCCCGGGGCGCGGGCACAGACGGGGCAGACGCGGAGGGGGCGGGCACUCGAACGCACUGGAGCGCCCUGCUGCGUGCUGAGAGCCGUGCGUACGCGGACAUCCUGCUCUGGGCCUUCGACGACACUUUCUUCAACCUAACGCUCAAGGAGAUCCAUUUUCUGGCCUGGGCCUCCGCCUACUGCCCCGACGUGCGCUUCGUCUUUAAGGGCGACGCCGACGUGUUUGUGCACGUGGGAAACCUGCUGGAGUUCCUGGCACCAAGGGACCCGGAGCAGGACCUGCUUGCAGGUGACGUGAUAGUGCAGGCGCGGCCAAUCCGCGUGCGGGCCAGCAAGUACUACAUCCCUGAGGCUGUGUACGGCCUGCCCGCCUACCCGGCCUACGCAGGCGGUGGCGGCUUCGUUCUCUCGGGGGCCACGCUGCGCCGCCUGGCCGGUGCCUGCGCGCAGGUUGAGCUUUUCCCCAUUGACGACGUCUUUUUGGGCAUGUGUCUACAGCGCCUGCGUCUCACGCCUGAGCCUCACCCUGCUUUCCGCACCUUUGGCAUCCCUCGACCUUCAGCCGCUCCGCACCUCCGCACCUUCGACCCCUGCUUUUACCGCGAGCUGGUUGUAGUGCACGGGCUCUCGGCUGCUGACAUAUGGCUUAUGUGGCACUUGCUGCACCGGCCACACGGGCCAGCCUGUGCGCGUCCAUGGCCUGUCGCUGCGGGUCCCUUCCAGUGGGGCCCCUAGCCACCUGUCACAGCUCUAAGCCCCCCUCAUUCAGACCCAGGAGGUAAGUGGGAGGUAGCUUGAAGGGUAGGUUUCCCAGGCGGAUUAGUGCUGUGUAUGUGGUUCUUCCCCAGAAAGGGGCAUCCAGGUGUCUUCCUCCAGAAGGUCCCAGGGAGUGAAGAUUGAGGUUGGUUCCUGCUGACACACCCUAUUGGGAGGUGAUCUGGAACCAAUCUAAUGGUGGCCCUUUGAGACAGCCAGGGCUGAGGUGGUGGAGAACCAGGCUCUUUGCCAAGCAGGUGAACGUGCUUGGUCCUCCUAGUAGGGAUGUGGGUGGGGGUGGGGGUGGCAGAGGCUCAUGGAAUCUGACCAUACUUCUUAGUUUGGAACCCCUAGAGUGAGGCCAACAAAUGCAGAUGUUUCUCAAGGCUGGACCCCACAGGGAUGGGUAGGGGCCUGGCCUCAGUCCUCAUGGAACCGGCAGCCAUUCUGCCACAACUCAAUCUGAAAGUAGGCGUUUUGCUUCCUAUUUGCCCCUUCAAACUGCAUUCUUAGCCACGUCUAGGUCUUUAGAUCUGCUUUCCUGGGGCCAAGCCCUCCUGAGCCCUGGGCUAGCUGGAACAUUAGGGAUGGAGACACACAGGGACUGAGCGCAUUGUCCUACCUAGUCUUCCCCCAUAUCCAGCUACCCACCUACACCCACACAACUGUGCCAUUCUCUCACUGGAGCCUGUGCUACCCCCUUCAGAGGAGCCAAGGAACCUUUUUCUAAGAGGACUCCUCCAGCUGUAAGUUUCCCCAUAUUCUUCAACCACCCCCUUUCUCAAAAAAAUCAACGCCUCCACGCUCAUUUUAGUAUAAACAUCCCAGCAACAGCACAUGGGGAGCUGUCGUGGAGGGCAUAGGUCUUUAUUGGAGGAGGGGUAUGGGCAGGGCAUGAGGAAGGUUCCCCCAUGCUAGGAAGAUGGGAACAGUCCUGGCUGCCCCACAGUGGGAUGUGUGAGAGUCUCUGGCCAGGCCACAGUCCACACGGGAAGACACCAGUCACAAAGUCAUGGGAACGCCACACAAGCCUGGCUGUAGGCCCAGGCACCACACAGGCGCCCAGGGCAGGUCCCCUGCACAUUCAUUGUUAAACUAUACAGGAUGAGGCUGUACAUGAGUUAAUUACAAAAGAGUCAUAUUUACAAAAAUCUGUACACACAUUUGAAAAACUCACAAAAUUGUCAUCUAUGUAUCACAAGUUGCUAGACCAAAAUAUUAAAAAUGGGAUAAAAUUA